AUGCCUCGCAUCGCUGCGGUGGCGACUGCACCGCUAACGCGCGGACCGUCUCGGAAUGCGGUGCCAACUAAGACACUGCAUAUGGGCCAAGGUGCUCUCUUGUCGAACCUCUGUCUGGCUCUGGCGACCGUCGUCGCCUUCUGCACAUACAACCUCAACCAAAUCGCCAACUCGGUCGUCUACCUUGGCUUCAACGCCCACAUGUUUGACUCGUAUCAGUGGAACGUACCCGUCUUCACGCUUCUCGAAGCCACGUCCUCGCUACGCCUCAACACGUCCCAUAUCGCAACCACCGGGACGAUCUCGCUCAGCGACCUCUUAUACAAGGCUUGUGGCAUUCAAGAUACCGCAUGCGCCAAUGCGUUUGCUCCAGAAGCCAACAAGAUCUGGUACCACGUUGGUCUUGCAUUUCGCCAGAUUCCAGAUUUCGACACGCCGCGCUUUCAGGACGAAGCCGAAGACAUUCGUUUCCAGCACGUCAACAGUCUCAGUGGCUGGAACAAGGCUCUGGUUCAAUACUACAUUCCCAACUACGAGACGGCCAUCACAUGCAUGACACGACGAGCAAACAACUCGAUCAACGGCAACACGAGCCGCGUAGACACACUAGCAUUUUGCAGUCACCGGGCGUUCGACCCGAAAUGGCGCUGCGAGAACGACGUGCCGCUCGACACACCCGUGUAUGUGGUGCAGCUCCAGAAGGCGACCGCCAUCUAUAUGGGAUCACUACAUAUGCGAGACGUCUACCUCAAUGGUGGAGCGACUGCUGUCAUUCACAGCGAUCAGUUUGGACAUGUCUUACUCGGUCCUGUCCCUUCAGUCGAAGAGUACCAAGCUGGCAUUGUGCAGGCUAGUACACCUUGGGACAUUCUCUGUGCGUCGCGCUGCUACGACUAUAAUCCAACAACGCGUCUCGGGUGGCUUUUGGAGUUGCAGGGCCGUGUCAGUCUCCGUUGGGAGAGUUCGUUUCUGAUGCUCACGAACGCCAUUUUUCUCUGGUGUGCGAUUGCCUACUUUGCGAUUCUCCAGUGGCUUUUUGCCAAACAGAGCCAAAUCAGCCUCGUGGCCGUGUGUCUUUCCAAGAACAUACUCGGCAUCUCAAUUUUGUUUGUGACGUUUUGGGGCAACACCAACCUUCAGACGCUCACCACCUAUUUUGCUCAAAACGACGUGCGGUCAACGCAAGCUCGUAUCCUUCACCUCUGCGGCCCCGCCCAAGUGGCCUCGAUUGUUGGCAUCAUGACGGGGCCGUUCAUUCAGCUCUGCUUUACCCCCCGCGUCGUGACUCAAACGUGGUUGCUCACGCUCUUCUCGCUGCUCAACUUUUGUGUGAUCUUUGCCUUGGAAGCACUCACGUUUCCUUAUAUGAAUAAGAACGUUCCGGGACCAUGCGGCUACUCAUCGUCGACCAACUGCAUCCACUUGACAGCGAUUCCGGUGACGUACUAUCUCUCGGCGGUCAUGGCAGCCGCCGUUGUUGUCGUGGCUGCCGUAACCAUUCAUUUGCACGCGCGCUGGCUCCCCGAGUCAGUAGUCGUGCCGCCAACUCACUCGAUGCUCGAGUACCUCAGUAUUCAAGACCUUCGAGACUUUGCGACGUCGGGCCGCGGCUGCGUCUCUCGUACUCAUGAUGGAGACAUCGUCAUCGACCAUGGUAUUCUGGUGAUGAAAAACAUGCUGCGGGUCACGAAUACGUACUUGACUCGGAUCGGGAAUGCGCAAUAUGGACUGCUCUUCUCCUGGUGUGUUCCUCGCGCCGGCCGUCGGUUCGUAGUCCACAAAUUUCGGACCAUUCUCGUUGUGCACAUUGAGCAGAACACGAUCACGCGUCGGUCGUACUACGUGCCGAUGCACUGCGUCCACGUCGACGGCGACGAAAUCCUCGCGUCUGGCAUUUGUUAAUAACGUCAUGUGCGAUUACUUUGUGC